UAAGUCUCCCGAGUCGCCGAAAGGGACACAAGCUCACUUACUUCCGAGAAGUAACAAGCAAUCCGCAACCGAUCAACAUGUUCAAGCUGGCUGUCCUCGCUGCCAUCCUGGCUGUCGCCUGCGCCGCUCCCGGGGGCCUCACCGGUCUUACCUACAGCGGCCACAGCCUCGGCCCGAUCGCCGCCCCGGCGGUUAUUUCUCAUGCCCCGGCGCUGUCCCUAGGCGCCCAUGUGGUUCAUCAGCCCAUCGCUCCCGUUGUCCACUCUCCCCCUAUCGUCACCAAGACCGUCCUGACCGGCCAUGGUCUCGGUCUCGGUCUCGGCCAUGGUCUCGGUCUCGGUGUCGGCCACGGUCUCGUCGGCCUGCACGGUUAGAUUAGGAGAGCCAGCGCAAACUCAUCGCCGCCGAGUCCACGACGACGCAGCCCUGGAAGAAAAAGAAACACAUACACACACACAUCCCCUACGUAAAUCGACCUCGUAAUACGAUGGGAAGACCGUAACUCGAAGAAAGACGACAAAUUUUGCACGCAGCCCCCAUCGCCGAUUUCGACACUUCACUCUACCGCCGUUCUCCACGCGUGAAAUCAUCGGGCCCGCCACGGGGGAGAGCGAGAUCCAAAAUGGACGUGCGCGCGGAUCAACCAGGACCCCCCAACGUUCCGCGCGGGAUCGGUCAACCCCCAUCACCACCGCUGUCCUUUCUUCUGUACUUCAUCGGCAAAAUUUCCGGAUUCUCACUUGGAUCAUCCCGCCAUCAUCCCGAACCCCACCCUUGUUCAUGUGGAAUUUUAAUAAAUUUUUAAUUACAAAUCCAA